GUUAAGUGCUAAACAAGCAAUAGUUGAGUGUGACACUUUAAAUUGUGAAAGCAUGUAUUUGUCACUAUGUGAAAAUUUUAUUUGGGCAAAUACGACGACUGAUUAACCAGGCAAUUAAUUAGUAAACAAAUAAGACAGCAUGUUAUGGAGUGUGAUACAUCGACUAAUCUGUUUACUAUGGUGACAUUCGUGUUAUGAUCCCAUUGUUACAAAGGGGAUAUACUUGCCUUUUCCAAAACCCAUGGUCAAAACGACUGAUAAUCGAGCACAGAGAAAGACAGGAAACAGUUUGAAUCGAGAGACAAAACACAAUAUGAAUCUUAAACGCGUCCUGGGAUUCCUCUUCGUACAUGUAUGCUUCUUCAUGACUCUAUGUAACGCCAUUCAAAUCGACCAGGCUCCUCAAAACUCAACAGUUUUGGUCGGGGAUAACGUAACUCUUGGGUGUCAAAUAUCGGGAAAAGGAAGUUCCGACAGAGUGUACUGGAGGAGGUGUUCUAUUAACAGUCUCCAGUGCGACAAGGCGUCAUCCACCCUCAUUAGCUUGGACUCUGUCUCUGUCUUGGACGCUAAUAAGUACUCGGUCGUCGGAACUUACAACAUCACCAUAUAUAAUGUCAGUGUUGCAGAGGAAGGGCUGUACCAGUGUGAGACAGAGGUCUCCAGCGCAAUCACAGCCACAGCAGCAGCCCAUUUGAAUGUGAUAGCUAUGCCAACUAAUCUGACGGCGUAUUGGUCGUUACCGUCUCCACUGAAGGAAAACGUUGCCGUCAAUGCUACGUGUGUAUCUGUGAACAGUAGGCCGCCGGCCACUCUACGGUGGUACAGGGGCACCACAGAUAUCACGGCUCAAGCCACAACCAUAACAUCAAACGCUACGCAGAAUAAUGGCUAUGGUGACACCACCAGUUAUAUCAGUAUAACCCCAGUGGUCGCCAACCAUGGACAGACGUACAGGUGUAUAGCCACUCUGUCUACCAAUGUGACAAAUGAGACAACACUGGUGGAGAGUCUGGAAAACGGAGCCGGUCACAAUACCUUUGUAAUGCUUUUGAUGGUGUUUCCCACUGUCUUGGCUUUUCUUCUUCGAGGUUAGAUGCCACCUAUUGCAGAGCAUGGAGGAGGGAGUGUAUUUUGCUGGUUAAUGUAUAAAGCACCAUAUAUUUUUUAAAGAUAUUUAACAUAAAAUCUUUUAUGCAGUACAAAAAUUUUAAGAUGAAAAACACAGAAAGUGAAUUAAAACCCAUGGAAUUUAAGAGAGGAAAAUUCCCCAUGAAUCUCUGGAGUUUCAAAGACGGUUCGAUUCUCUAUUCUGUCUGGUGAAGCCGGGUACUAUACAAGGGAUUGUGGCAAUUAAAAUAAUUCAAGUAUCAUAUGGAAGAAAAGAAUGCUAAAAUUCUUCUACUUUACUUUCAUGGUAUUAGCAACAAAGAUUCUGGAGAUUAAUUACCGGCUAUAGUUUAAAGAGCAAUAAAAGUUUAUAUAACAGGAUUUAACUUUAACUUAUACAAACAAUAGUUUAAAGAGACACAAGCUAAUAAGGUGUAACAAUAUUUAAUUUAAUCUUGUCCAAACUUGAUAAAGUGUGUUAAUUUUAUGUCUUGCAUGUUUGUUCGAUGUAGCCGACCGUACCACGUAGCGUCUCCAUGACGGCUAGCAAGUGUUGAUUUUUGUGGUUUUCCUGCUUAUUAAGUUCGGGGCACCAAACACAUGAAGCACUUGCCAAGCUUAAGAAAGUCGUAUUUCUUUUAUUAAAUCUUUUUUUAUUAAAUCUUUUAUUAAAUCUUCAUAUUUUGUGA